UAGAUCUACUGCGAUUUAUUUUCCUUCCCUAUUUUGACGAGGUAGUUUUUUUUUCGCUCUGCUCUCUUGGAUAGGGGAUGAAUAUUCUCUCUAUCUCGCUACAUGGAACCACAACGACGCGAGAAGCAUUGAUUCUCCUCCUCUUUGCGUGUUCUUGAGGGAAUCGAUCGAUGCUUGCGUGCUGCUGAAGAGGGAUUUAUGGGUGAUUCCCGGCAGGAAAAUGCCACAGAUUUGCAGCAUGCAGUGGAAGAAUUGGAUGAGAGGAAGGAGAAGAUCGGGAGAUCUCCCAGCCAGGAGCUGGAAUCAACAUCUUUGUCCUUAUCAGCGCCAAGUAUCGGUGAUGGCUCGGCCGGAUCAAAAGCGCAGGAUCCAGAGGGGGGGUUCGUGGCAAUAGAGAUCCAAUCCCUCUCCACAAAUCCUCCUCCUCCACCGACGAAAGGGGGUUUUGAAGAACACAAGCCACCGCAGCCCCUCGGUGGUGGGGACGAGGAAGACGCCAGAAUUUGUAGAGUGUGCCAUCUCUCGCUCGGCCUGAAGCGCUCCAGCGAUCACGAGGAGGAUCCAGGCGAUCCAGUCGACGAGGGGAUCGCCUCCAGCCCAAUUGAGCUCGGCUGCGCGUGCAAGGACGAUCUAGCAUUCGCGCACCGCCGCUGCGCAGAGACUUGGUUCAAGAUCAAAGGCAACAGGAACUGCGAGAUCUGUGGCCAGCUCGCCCACAAUGUGGCUGCUGGCGCGGACGAUUCGAGCUGCGGGCGACACAGCGACGAGCAAUCGGACACCAUAUUCGAGCGGGCGGGCGAUCCCCAUCGCCCGCGCAGCUUCUGGCAGCACAGGCCCAUUUGCAACUUUGUGCUCGCCUUCAUCGUCGUCAUCUUGCUCCUGCCCUGGCUCUUCCGGAUCCGCCUCUUCUGAUUACAAGAAGUAUGAAGUAUCACCCUCCCUUUGUUUAAUGGCGUUAAGUUGACAUCGAUUUUGUCCUUGAUAUUUUUUGUUUGAAUAUCUCGUUCGCUAGCGUUAGAUUACGAUCAUCGACGUGGGAGUGUAAUUGAUAUAAGAACAAAAACCUUGGCUUGUUAUUAGAA